AUGUUCAACGAUGAGCUGGACAUGCUGGAGAUACGUUUGACGACCCUGUACAAGGUGGUGGACUACUUUGUGCUGGUGGAGAGCCGAGUGAGCCACCAAGACAGGCCCAAGGCACUCAACUAUGCAGACAACAAACGCCGCUUCGUAAAAUUUGCCGACAAGAUUGUCCAUGUCGUGCUGGACAGCCUGAUAGGACACAGUUCCUACUACAAGGAGUGGUAUCACAGGGAGAUGCUGUUCGAGAAAGGGUUGGCGGUGAAAGGGAGUGAGGCGAGGGAAGGGGACUUAAUAAUCUCGGGGGAUUUAGACGAAAUACCCCGGCCGGCCGCUGUGCAGGCGCUGCGCAGCUGCGAAUGGCAAGUGCAGCCGGGAGCUCAUGACUGCGCGGUGCUGGAGGGGUCUUUCUUCUACUACAGCUUCUCCUGGUAUGCAGGGGAAUGGAACCCCGGCCCGAAGGUUUUCCGCCACGACGUGAUCACCACGAUGGGGGGCAUGAACAAAAACGACAUGCGGUACAAUUCCAACUGCACGCUGCAGAUGAAGCGCGCGUCGUGGCACUGCACCGACUGCUUUUCGAGCAUUCGCGCCGUCAAGAACAAGAUCUCCGCAUUCUGCCAUGCGGAGAAGGAUCAAUUUCCCUACAACGAGACGGAGUGGAUACUGGACCGAGUUGUGCGGGGACUGGCGCUCUUUGAGCCCAAGGAGGACAAGGCACGCCUGAAACGGGUGCCCUACUGCACCAACGCGCCUCCCGCCGUGCUGGCAAACCCGGGGAAGUACCAUUACAUGCUGGCAAGGGAUCCGGUGACCGGCAGCUUCUCUGACUACGCCGAGUGGCUGGGAAACCGGACAGAUGUGGCUGGGAAUUUUCACGCGCAGUGGAUAGAUCCAGUCACCCAGGAGCUUGAGACAGUCUAGAGAACUUGAGACAGCUUAAAGAUCCCAAGAACAGGACCAAGCCACCAAGAUUGAACGAAUUCUUUGAGUGAGAGGUUGUGAGGUGGCGGGAAAUGCAAAGUUUAAAUGUGGUCCAGGCUCAGGGGCUCAGAGGACGAAUAUUUCGUUGUUGGUCAGUCAUUGACAAGCAUUGGACAGCCACUCAGCUUCCUGUGCAAAACGAUUGUUCAGGAGUCGCUUUGUUAUUUAAAAUUGUAC